UAAUAUGUGUCCCAAGCAAACCAGUCUCUUGUGCUCUCGCAUGAUCGCUUACGCUUGCGCGGCGAAGGGCCCUCAGAACCCAAGCGGCCCAACAGGUUCUCGAUAUCGGUAUUGUCAAAACCUGACUGUACACUUUGGAGCAGGUUGGGUGCAAGGCAAGAAGGCAAGACACUUGCUCACUCGGGCACAGCCGCAGUAUUCUGGCAAGCAUUAUCUCGAGGCCAAAGUUUCCAUCUCGAAUCCCUUCUACCCCACCCUCGCCGCUCUGGACUUUGCCACAAAUAGACCAGUGAACUUGGCUGAAGGGGGUGGAGAGGCUGCUCGCAACUUGUUCGUUACUGAUGCCGAGUUUUUCGGUACUUGGGGCUCUUUGCUCAAGAACAUCAUCACGAACUCUGCGGGUGCGUUUAGAGCCUGGCCACUCUAUCAUAUGCCUUCUUCUGCGCCCUCCUGGGCCUCUGCUGCGAGAGUUACUGUCAUUGGUGAUGCCGCCUACCUACGUGUCGACUCCCUUUCGUGGGAGAAGGCGGCUCAAUGUACGACGCCCUGGUUCUGGCAUCCCCGAUUGUUGAGCGCGGCUUAG